AUUGAAUAGCCGCCUUAACACCUAAAAUGCUACAUGCAUUUCUUCCAUAGGGAUCAAUCUAUACUUGAUUUUUAUUAUUUCAUUUUUGGAUUUACGUUGAUUAUUUUUAAAAAAGAAUAAUACAUUUAAAAAAAUGAAUACAAUAGAAAUAAAAAUAACUUGCUUUAUCUGCAAUACCACACUGUUAAAUGUUUUAAUGAUUUAAGGUUUUCUAUUUCUUAAUAGAAUUAAAGGUGAAGUAGAAAGCUUAACUCCUAACAUUGAAUGCUGAAUUCUACCGGUUUGAGCUCUGACUAACAUAGCAUGACUUUCAGCAUAUCAAGACAAAUAUCCGCAGAAAGUAUACCGUAUUAUACCUUUCUAAACAGCUUAAUCUGAGAAUUAAGAGAAACAUUUUCACUCUAUAAUGAAAUAUAUCCUAUGAUUUACCUAGUUUGAGUACAUUUUAAAAUUUAUUUUUAUAUAAAAAUGUCUGUAAUUUAGUGAAAAUUGUAAAAGUAUCACUACUCAUCAUAUAUAUGUAUGUAAAUAUAUAUAAGUAAAUAUGUAUAAAUAUUUCCGGUUCGGUAAGCAUGCUUGGUUUUGUAAAGCAAUCCAGUAUGCUCUCCGGCAAUGCUGCGCUUUAAAAUCAAUAAUAUAUAUCUGUGUGUGUAUUGGGGGAACUAUUGGCCUGGGGCUUUAGUGAAAUGCAUUUUCAUUGGAGAGUCAUCCGUGAUUUUUAAAAUAUGAAUAUUUCACUACAGUUAAUAUUUAAUUAUUUUUGGGUUUAUAAACUUUUUUGACUAUUUUGUGUGAUUUCUGGUAAGCUUGUACUAAUGAUCGCUGAAUCUCCCAACAGGAAAAAAAAACAAAAACAAAAAAAACCUCCUCCUUCAUCUAGCUUUCUGUCUAAUUUUACUUUCCCUGAUUGGUUGUUGGAGUCUUUGGAGAUGCCAGUCAUUUAGUAAGCAACUAAUGGUUGUUCAAAAUGGCUUAAAAUGGGAGUCUAACGUCACCAUUACAUCAUCGUUCAUGUAUGAACGAUUUCUAGCUGUGCCGUAGUGGAAGGGUUAAAUUGAUUUAAAACAUUUUUUUAGAAGUUAACUUCAUCAAAAUCCACCAUGCACACUAAUCUUGGACAUAAUUCAAGUUAUAUUGAUAACAUACACCUUUAAUACCACUCCUUGGCCAUUGUCAGUUGGUUUGAAAUGUUUCUACUUUGCAAACUCUAACUUCUUAAACUAACUUUUUAGUAGUUUUUUUUUUCUUCUAUUUUCAAUGCUAAAAUCAAUUGAUCCCUAAGGUUGAAAUUCCAGUGAUCGUAAUUUUAAAUUUUAGAAACUAACAAUUAAAAAAUGUGAUGUUCAAUUUUAAUUUGAUAGAAAAUAACAAGGGGGGAUGGAGCUGAACUCAUAAGUAAACCUGUUGGUUGUCUUGCUGUUCCUUAAGAGAAACACCAGCUCAAGGUGAAAACCAGUUCUGUUUACUUUGCAAAGGGGUCUACAGCCCUUUCUGUACAUUCACCUGACCAGGUUGUCAGGAAGACUAGUAACUGGAUGCUUCAGUACUGUCUGGUUUGCUACGUUUUGAAGUCUGGUUGCUUGCCAGAAAUUAACUUGUGGUAUAAUAUAUCUAUAUAUUUUUUAAGUUAAUUGUACUGUAAUGUUUCUCUGGCUUCCAGACUGGCUAGGUAUGGAGCCAAUCUGGCUAUUGGAUUGCUUUUUCUUUUCUUUUUCUUUUUUUCCCCCCUGAGUUUCACCUUCUGGUGUGAACCUGGAUAAACAGCAGGACUUCUUCAUGGUUUGAUGUAAAAUACUAUGCACUGCAAAUCUUGGAAACAGUUAUAAAAACAAGAUGGAAGAUUCUUCCCAGAAAUCAGUGUGAAGGAAUAAAAAAAUACGUUGUUGGUUUGAUUAUCAAAACGUCAUCUGAUGCAACAAAUGUAGAGAAAGAGAAGGUUUACAUUGGGAAACUGAACAUGAUUCUGGUUCAGAUACUGAAACAGGAGUGGCCCAAACACUGGCCAACGUUUAUAAGUGACAUUGUGGGAGCAAGUAGGACCAGUGAAAGCCUCUGCCAGAACAACAUGAUCAUUCUCAAACUGCUGAGUGAGGAGGUGUUCGAUUUCUCCAGUGGACAGAUGACCCAGGUGAAAGCAAAGCAUUUAAAAGACAGCAUGUGCAACGAGUUUUCACAGAUAUUCCAGCUCUGUCAGUUUGUCAUGGAAAACUCUCAGAAUGCUCCUCUUGUCCAUGCCACCCUGGAGACUUUACUUAGAUUCCUAAACUGGAUUCCGCUUGGAUAUAUAUUUGAGACCAAACUGAUCAGCACGCUUGUAUACAAGUUUUUAAACGUCCCAAUGUUUCGAAAUGUGACGCUUAAGUGUCUGACGGAGAUUGCUGGUGUGAGUGUCAGUCAAUAUGAGGAGCAGUUUGUUACUCUCUUUACACUGACAAUGAUGCAGCUGAAACAGAUGCUUCCUUUAAACACCAAUAUCAGAUUGGCUUAUUCAAAUGGAAAAGACGAUGAGCAGAAUUUCAUUCAGAACCUUAGCUUGUUUCUCUGUACGUUUUUAAAAGAACAUGGGCAACUCGUAGAAAAGAGGCUCAACCUAAGGGAAACUCUGAUGGAGGCUCUUCAUUACAUGUUGUUGGUAUCCGAAGUUGAAGAAAGGGAGAUUUUUAAGAUUUGUCUUGAGUACUGGAACCAUUUGGCAGCUGAACUCUAUCGAGAAAGUCCAUUUUCAACAUCUACGUCUCCAAUAUUGUCUGGAAGUCAACACUUUGAUGUCCCUCCUCGAAGGCAGCUGUAUCUGCCAGUGUUGUCAAAAGGACGUCUACUAAUGGUCAGCCGAAUGGCUAAACCAGAAGAAGUGCUGGUUGUGGAAAAUGACCAAGGAGAAGUUGUAAGAGAAUUUAUGAAGGACACAGAUUCCAUCAACUUGUAUAAAAACAUGAGGGAGACGCUUGUGUACCUUACACAUUUAGACUAUGCAGACACAGAACGUAUUAUGACAGAGAAACUUCACAAUCAAGUAAAUGGUACAGAGUGGUCUUGGAAAAACCUGAAUACACUUUGCUGGGCUAUUGGUUCAAUCAGUGGAGCGAUGCAUGAAGAAGAUGAAAAGAGAUUCUUGGUAACGGUUAUUAAGGAUCUCCUUGGCCUAUGUGAACAAAAGAGGGGAAAGGACAACAAAGCUAUUAUUGCAUCAAACAUAAUGUACAUCGUGGGGCAGUAUCCCAGAUUUCUCAGAGCCCACUGGAAAUUUUUGAAGACUGUGGUCAACAAGCUGUUUGAAUUCAUGCAUGAAACCCAUGAUGGUGUACAGGAUAUGGCAUGUGACACAUUUAUUAAAAUAGCCCAGAAAUGCCGUAGGCACUUUGUUCAGGUGCAGGUAGGAGAAGUGAUGCCAUUUAUAGAUGAAAUUCUGAACAACAUUAACACAAUAAUCUGCGACCUUCAGCCACAACAGGUUCAUACGUUCUAUGAAGCUGUUGGCUACAUGAUCGGGGCACAGACGGACCAAACAGUGCAAGAGCACUUAAUAGAAAAAUACAUGCUCCUGCCUAACCAAGUGUGGGAUAGCAUCAUUCAGCAGGCAACCAAAAAUGUAGACAUUCUGAAGGACCCAGAAACAGUGAAGCAACUUGGCAGCAUCUUGAAAACAAAUGUAAGAGCGUGUAAAGCUGUUGGUCAUCCUUUCGUAAUUCAGCUUGGCAGAAUCUACCUGGAUAUGCUGAAUGUGUACAAGUGCCUCAGUGAGAAUAUUUCUGCAGCAAUUCAAACAAAUGGUGAAAUGGUGACCAAACAACCUUUGAUAAGAAGUAUGCGAACAGUAAAAAGGGAAACAUUAAAACUGAUUUCAGGUUGGGUGAGCCGGUCCAAUGAUCCUCAGAUGGCAACGGAGAACUUUGUGCCCCCCCUCUUGGAUGCAGUUCUUAUUGAUUAUCAGAGGAAUGUCCCUGCAGCCAGGGAGCCUGAAGUACUGAGUACCAUGGCUACCAUUGUGAAUAAAUUGAGUGGUCACAUCACAGCUGAAAUUCCACAGAUAUUUGAUGCCGUCUUCGAAUGCACUUUAAAUAUGAUUAACAAAGACUUUGAGGAAUAUCCUGAGCAUAGAACACAUUUCUUCUUGCUGCUGCAGGCUGUAAAUUCACAUUGCUUCCCAGCAUUCCUGGCCAUUCCUCCUGCACAGUUCAAGUUGGUGUUGGAUUCCAUUAUUUGGGCUUUUAAACACACAAUGAGAAAUGUUGCUGACACAGGUCUGCAGAUACUGUAUACCCUGCUACAAAAUGUUGCUCAGGAAGAGGCAGCUGCUCAAAGUUUCUACCAGACGUAUUUCUGUGAAAUUCUGCAACAUAUCUUCUCUGUUGUAACGGAUACCUCUCAUACUGCUGGUUUAACAAUGCAUGCAUCAAUUCUUGCAUACAUGUUUAAUUUGGUGGAAGAAGGCAAAAUAAAUGCAGUAUUGAAUCCAGCAAAUCCAGUCAACAACCAGAUGUUUAUUCAAGAGUAUGUGGCCAAUCUUCUCAAGUCAGCCUUCCCACACUUACAGGAUGCACAGGUGAAAGUGUUUGUAACGGGAUUGUUCAGCUUGAAUCAAGAUAUUCCUGCCUUCAAAGAACAUCUAAGGGACUUUCUGGUACAAAUUAAGGAGUUUGCUGGUGAAGAUACAACAGACCUAUUCUUGGAAGAAAGAGAAUCAUCUCUUCGACAAGCCCAGGAGGAGAAACACAAAUUACAAAUGUCUGUCCCUGGAAUCCUAAAUCCACAUGAAAUUCCAGAAGAAAUGUGUGAUUGAAAAUUGUUUAAGCCAAGUUUUGCUUCGUUUCUUCUGAGCAGUUACUGGCUGUCAUACAGGAGCGAACUGCACUUGGGUAUUUGUUGACCAAAACAAUGCCAAUGUGUAAAUUAUACUGUCACCUAGUGGCCCUUUUUACUUAGUCUGCAUUUUGUAUGGAAACUUUUUCUUGUGUAAUAUCUUUCCAUUGUUAAUUAAAGCGUAUGUUUGGUCAUCUUCAUUUAGAUCUGCAUGAGGUUGUUAAGAAUUGAAUUAAAAAGAAAGAAAGAAAAGAGAGCCCAUUUUGUUAAAGGAAGGAGAAAGUGAUUGGUGUAAAUUCCACUGCAAAAUGGCUUCUAGAAAUAGUCUGUAGCGGAUUACCAAUCUGAGUUUGAUGGGAUGUUACAGUAAUGCAGCAUUGCCUGUAGUCUGCAGCCUAGGAGAAACAUUGCAAAAUAGAGGAUUACAAUUAAGAUUAAAGAUGCUGCUUUUGUCAAUGGUGUAGUGUAAGGGUUAGCUCAAUUGGUUGUGCUCAACCUAAACUACCGUCAUUUGUUGCUGGACAUACUUUGCAGCAAGAUCAUGUCCAUAUCAUCCCAUUGUAAAGCAUCUUUAAUAACACGGGAACACAGAACAGUUGGUUAUUUUUACAGAAUUUGUGUGUGUGUGCUGUCGCUUUGUCGACAACAGCUUUUUGUUUUCCUCAAUGAGGAGUGUUGUGAGCAUUCAUUAAUUCUAAGUGAAAGUGGUUAAAAUAUUUAUCGGUUAGCAUUGGCUGCAUCUUUAUAACUCAUGUUAAUUCAGAUGACUUGUUCUAAUUUAUGUUGUUUACCAUGCUGUAGUGCUUCAAGAACACUACUUAAGAGCAAAAUAAACUUGGUUUACAUUUAAUUUUCUAUUUUUUUGCAUCUUUCAUUUUUAUCUUGACAUUCUAUCCAAAUAAUUUUCAAGAGGCUUUUAUUCAGAGAAUUAAUAUUUGCCAACAAUAUAAUUAGGAGAAUGUAUAAACCAAAAUAUCGAUGUUUAAUGCCUAGAUGAAGAGAGAAAUGAAAACAUCUCUAAGUGUUACAUUUAUUGUGAAACUUUUUGAAACUGAUUAAAGUUGAGAGAAUUUUAUAA